GAAGGACAGCCAGGCGCCCAAUGAGCUCUCCGGGCGGCCGGAGCGGGCAAGCGGACGGCCGAUCCGGGGGCGGCGCGGCAGGAAAGGCGGGCCCCGUGACGGGCGGGGGAGGAGGUGCCCGGCUGGCUGCUGGUUGCUAGCUGCCGCCGCUCGCCCCGCGGCCCGGCCGCUUCAUUGUCACCUGGGCCUCGGAGCCGGCGCCGGGGCCGCGGCGCGAGGCUGCCCGCCCAAAGCCUGAGCCCCGGGCGUCCCACCUGGGAGGGCCUCGCACAUCCCCCCGCCGGCCGGCCCCGCAGGCUCCGCGCCCCAGGCCCGGCUCGCGCAGGGCCUGCUCAGCCUCCAUGAAGGGCUCCCGGGCCACCAGCGGUCCCUCCGGCGCCCCCGAGGGCAGCUCAGAAGGGGUGGACCUGAGCCUGACCGGCCUUCCUCCACCUGUGACCUGGCGCCCCAACAGUGCCUCCGCUGCCAAGCCCAUCGCCCGCUCCUUCUCCGUGGUCACGGGCAGUGAGCCGAGAAGGAAGGCGCUGGAGGGGCCCGGAGGUUCCCGAACCAUCAACAACCUUCGCAGAUCUAACAGCACCACGCAGGUCCACCAGCCGCCAGCCAGCCAGGCCUGGACCGGCCCCCUCAGGCCGGCCGGGCGCCCCCACUUCCUGACCCUCUUCGAGGGCAGCUCCGCUGGGAGAAAGAGGCUGGCUGGUCUGAGCAAGGCUCCCAGCGAGAAGGGAGCCACGUGGAACGUCCUGGACGACCAGCCCAGGGCCUUCACCUUGCCACCCGACUCCCGGAGUCCUAGCACCGUCGACGCGCCGGUGGGCCCACGGAAGAGAGAGUGCACCGUUCCCCUGGCCCCCAACUUCACUGCCAACAACAGGAGCAACAAGGGCACGGUGGGCAACUGCGUAACUAGCAUGCUGCACAACUACUAUACCCCCCCGGACAAGGCACCGCCCCCCAAGAGCUCCAACCACACGGCUCCCUCUCUCAACAACAUCCUCAAGGCGGCCGCCGGUGGGGGGGAGAGCAGCUCCGCGAAGCCGCACAAGAACUUGGCCGGCAGCAGCCACGCAGCCCAGAACAGCGCUGGGGGCGCCCCGGGUCCACUCAGACGGAAGGAGGUGACAGAGGAGGAGGCUGAGAGGUUUAUCCACCAGGUGAACCAGGCCGCUGUCGCCAUCCAGCGAUGGUACCGCCAGCAGGUGCGGCGGCGCCGAGCCCGAGCUGCCUGCCGAGAGCACCUGCUAGCAUCCAAGCAAGAGUCAGACCAGCCGUGGCUUCAGCUUCCACAGGAGCAGCGGCAGCAGCUGGGAGAGGGGCUCCUGGACCUGCACCAGCAGAAGGAGGCGGCCAGGAGGAAGGUCCGGGAGGAGAAGGCGCGCCAGGCCAGGCGAGCGGCCAUUCAGGAGCUGCAGCAGAAGCGAGCCCAGAAGUCAGGUGACCGUGAGCCUGGGCUGCUGAAGGAGGCCCGGGAGCCGGAGAAGCCCCGGCCUGCCCGGGAGCCGGCCCCCAGACCGGGGGGCACCACUCACACCCCGCAGACCCACAAGGCCAACAACGCCGGGGCCGGCUUCCGAACCGCGGGCCCAGAGGACCCCUGCCAGUCUGCCUCCAACUCAUCCCCAGAGCCCCGGAAGUUUCCAGACGACAAGCCUCAGGAUGCCAGCUCCCGGGAUGUGGCCAGUGAGGAUCUGGAGGUGGUGGGCCCCGCAAGGGGCAGGGCCGAGUCCAGGGCAACCCUGGAUGAGCUGCUGGACACACUCAAGCUGCUGGAAGAGGAACCCGAGCCGCUGCCCUGCCCCAGGGCCUACCACAAGGACAAAUACUCCUGGAGCGACGAGGAGGACGAUGCCAGCUCGCUGACCGCUGACAACCUGGAGAAAUUUGGGAAGCUCAGCACGUGCACCGGUCUCCCCGAAGACGGGACUCUGCUGUCCGAGGCCAAGCUGCAGAGUAUCAUGAGCUUUCUGCACGAGAUGGAGGUGGAGAAGUCGGGGCAGGACCGGCCGGCCUCAGCGCCCCAGGGGCUGGUGCCUCAGGAGGGGCGCCUGGAGCCCGCGUCCAUGGGGAGCGCAUCUGUGAUGCGGCUGAAGCUGGAGGUGGAGGAGAAGAAGCAGGCCGUGGGGCUGCUGCAGAGAGCUCUGGUAACGUCCCCGCCGACCCAGCCCGGCAGAUCCUCAGCGCAGGCGGGGGGCCGUGACCACGCCGGCCCUGCUCACCAGCCUGGGUGUGUCCGGCCGGCGCUGCUCCCUGGGAGGGCCUCCGCCUGCCCCGUCUCCUCCUCCCGGCACCCCCUGCCCAGCUGCUCCUCCCGGCGCCCCUUACAGGUGCAGCAGCGGGACCUGACCGUGCGGCGGGUCAAGGAGACUGAGAAGGAGCUGGGCCGGCAGCUGCACCAGCAGAGGGACCACUACGAGGCCACCAUCCAGCGGCACCUGUCCUUCAUCGACCAGCUGAUUGAGGACAAGAAGGCCCUGGCCGACAGGUGUGAGGCUGCCCUGGCAGAGCUGAAGCUGGGGAACGAGAGGUGCAAGCAUAGGGAGGCCCAGGUGCAGGAGCAGCACGAGCUGGAGAUUAAAAAACUCAAAGAACUAAUGAGCGCCACCGAGAAAGUCCGCAGGGAGAAGUGGAUCAAUGAGAAAACCCGAAAAAUCAAGGAGAUUACAGUUCGAGGCCUGGAGCCUGAGAUCCAGAAGCUGAUCGCCAAGCACAAGCAGGAGGUGAAGAAGCUCAAGAGCUUGCAUGAGGCAGAGCUGCUGCAGGCGGACUCACGGGCGGCCCAGCGAUUCGGGCGCCAGGUGGAGGAGCUUCGGGAGCACCUGCAGCGGGAGAAGGAGGCGCUGGGCCAGCAGGAGCGGGAGCGUGCCCAGCAGCGCUUUGAGCAGCACGUGGAGCAGGAGCAGCGGGCCCUUCAGCAGCAGCGGCGGCGGCUCUACGGCGAGGUGGCUGAGGAGAAGGAGCGGCUGGGCCAGCAGGCGGCCAGGCAGCGGGCGGAGCUGGAGGAACUGCGGCAGCAGCUGGAGGAGAGCCGCGCGGCCGAGGGCCGGGCUCUCAGGGCCGAGUUCGAGAAGGGGAGAGAGGAGCAGGAGUGCCGGCACCAGAUGGAGAUGAAGACCCUGAAGGACCAGCUGGAGGCCGAACGACAGAUGUGGGAGGCCAGCUGCACCAAGAAGGAGGAAGCAUGGCUACUGAACCGGGAACGGGAGCUGAGGGAGGAGAUCCGGAGAGACCGGGAUAAGGAGAUCGAGCUGGUUAUCCACCGGCUGGAGGCCGACAUGACGCGCGCCAGGGAGGAGAGCGAGAGGGCCGCGGAGAGCCGCAUCCAGCGCAUCCGGGACAAGUACGACACGGAGCUCUCGGAGCUGGAGCAGUCUGAGCGGAAGCUGCAGGAGCGGUGCACCGAACUGAAGGGGCGCCUUGGGGAGGCGGAGGGGGAGAGCGAGCGUCUGCAGGGCCUGGUGCGGCAGAAGGAAAAGGAGCUGGCCCACUUGACGGCGGUGAACGAGCAGCUGGUCAGCGAGAGGGGCAGCCUGGCGGAGGUGCUCCGCCGGGAGUUUGCAGACCGGCUGGCAGCCUCCGAGGAGGAGACCCGGCAGCUCAGGGCCGAGCUGGCCGAGCUGCGGGCCCGCCAGCGGCUGGAGCUGGAGCAGCUCACGCGGGAGAAGCAGGCCGAGCUGCAGGAGGUGCACGGGAGGGUGAAGUUGGCCCUGGCGAAGAAGGAGGAGGCCGUGCGCAGCCUCCGGAAACAGCAUGAGGCCGCGGUGAAGCGGGCCGAGCACCUGGAAGGGCUGCUGGAGCAGUGCGGGUGGCCGCGCCCGAGCGCCAAGUGACCGCCCACCGCCCAGACGGGCCCACAACAGCCAGGCCGGGGUCCCUGGUGCGAGGGGGACCCAGCCUGGCCCCGGCCCCACCGCCCCCUUCCGGCCCUGUGCCCUGGGCUCGGUCAUCCUGACGCUAGAGCGCCAUGGCCGCAUUUGAACAGUAAAGAGGUGUUUUUAGUACUUUGUGUGCCACUGCCUUGUCUCUUUCUCCUGGGCCAGGGGCCAGGGGCCAGGGUGGUGGGGGCUGGAGGCCGGGGGCGGGGUGUCCCCAGCCCAGCUCUGCUCUCAUCCUGACCCCCUGUGCCCCCUGCCUGCUGUGGGCCCUGGGUUGGUCCCAGUCCCCAGCAGAGAGAAUGCUCCCUGCCUGGCUGGCCGCACCCCCAGAAGGAGCUUAGGGGCUCUUCCCCUGUGCUCUCCAGCUGCCCUGGCCCCCACAAUGGCCAGGGACAACGUAGCCCUUCCCCCACUUGAGGACCCGCCCCCCCCGGACGUGCGACAGGCAGGAGCCCCCAAGGAGUGGGCACUGGACAGGCCCUGCCCAUGAGGAGGGGGGAGGCCCACCCGAGAGUCAGGAGGGGGAGUGCGAGGGGAGGGCUGCCGGGGCUCCUUCUCGGGGACGCAUUUCCCUUCCCUCUGUUGUGGCUGCUGGGGGAGCCCGAGCUGGUUAGGAAGGCCCUCCAGCCCGCGCAGGGCAUCUCCCUGCGUCUCCCUGGGGGGAGGCCGUGCCCCACGGCCCCAGAGGGCUGAGGCAGCUUGCCGGGCGCUCACCUGUGGGGCCCGCCUUCCCCUGUCACUGCCGUCCUCUGCCCUGGGGUGUGUCCAGCUUCGUUUUCCUUACCUGCACGAGAGCGUCUUUUCCCUCUUUGGUGCCCGAGCUGGCCGUGGCAGGGAGACACACCGGGUCCCUCUGGCCUGACCCAUCCCCGGGUGCAUGGGCCCCAGUCUGGCCCCCGGGCAGCAUGCACGAGCCCCAUCCGUGUCCCCUCCUCACGGGGCUGUCUCGUCCUGUGACAUGACCAGGUGGGGAGAAGGUCUCACGGCCGUCCAGUGGCCGUCCAGCGGUGUGUGCCUGGGGUGCCCAGUUCUGGGGCUUGAGGUGAGGAGGGGCGGCCCUGGUCUCCCCAGAGGUCCUGGGCCCGCUUUCUCCCCUGAGCCACUGCUGUCCUGCAGCUCACCCUCUCUGCCAGCUAUUCGAAGAUCCAGGCUGGCCUUUGGAUGCUUUCUUGUCGAGUCCAGAGAAGGGCGAGUGGCUGGCCCCCGGUGGGGGGCGCUCCUUCAGGGGCGGUGGGCACCAGCUCAGACCCCUCCCUGGGCCGCAGCUACAGCCGGCAGGAGCUGGUGGCUCACAGCCCUCAGCCGGGCUCCCAGGGGCGUGGCCGGGACCACAGGAGUAGACGGGUCUUUCUGUCGAGGCUCUGACCUCCCUCCGCCCACCAGAAAAGGUAUUUUGUCUAAAGCUGUUAUUAGGAGUUGCCAGGGGGAAGCGGCUGUAAAUUACUAAACUAUGUAUUUUUGCAAGUAAGGUAUUCAGCAGAUGGGAAGACAGGGUGGUGUCCAGAGAGCGGGGCAGGCAGGGAAGCCAGGAAACCUGUGGAGAUGGGCAGAGGUGAUGCUCCCACCAGAGGCGGGCCUGACUUCCCAGCCCAGGCAGGACUGGCCACCACCCAGCAGGAGCACCCCAAAGCCCCCUGUGGACAGGAUGGGGGGACACCCUUAGUUUCUGGCACGGUCCCUUCCCUGGAUGGCUGUGGGUUAUAGGGGCAUCUGCGGGGGGAGCUCUGGGACCACCCCACCUGGACCCCCUCCCCAAGGCCCACGGCACUCUUGGCCUCUAACAACCUGCUUCUGACCCACCACCCUUUUGGGAGAUAAGCCCAAACAAAUC